CAUUCUUCCGCCACCGUAUCCACCAUUGUCACCACUCUCGCUAACAUACAUUUUCUUGCUUUGCUGGGAUUUGUUUGCUCCCGUGCCUUCCUUUUCGCUCAACCGCGACCAUCCGCUUGACCGUGACGCCGCUGCCUCUGUUUGCCGCCCUUCACCUCUCCCUGUCUUCAACCGACGUCACCAUCGGGAUCACCUCGAUCGCAAAUUUGGUUAAACGUUAACUUACUGGAUGCUCCGGAUGCGCCAGUAGCUUGUCACUUUUGCCAUACCGCAACAACAUCCUUCCCCAUCUUUACUUGUCCCUGCUCAACAUCCGGCAUCUAUCAUCACCACUUGCACGACGCCGGCGCGUGCCUCGUAUAAUUCACCUACUCAACGUACAUUACUGCAAUCAAAAUGCGCGUUUCUUCAAUCUUGACCGGCCUGUCAUGCGCCGCCGUUACCAUUCUGCCAUGUGCUGCUCUGACGGUCGAUCUGUCUAGCGAAGAAUCAAUCAAGACUGCCGCCUCCACUGUUGCUCACGGAAUGAUGAGAUAUUACAACGGAAACCAGACUGGCGGUAUUCCUGGUUUGCUUCCUGGACCAUACUACUGGUGGGAAGCAGGCGCCAUGUUUGGCUCAUUGAUCGACUACUGGUACUACACCGGAGACACGAGCUACAACGCCGUCACUACCGAGGCCAUGCUCUUCCAAGUCGGCGACAAGAACAAUUACAUGCCCAGCAAUCAAAGUAAAUCACUCGGAAACGAUGAUCAAGCCUUCUGGGGUAUGGCUGCCAUGUCUGCCGCCGAGCUCAAGUUCCCCAACCCUCCUGCAGACAAGCCUCAGUGGCUCGCUCUCGCCCAAGCCGUCUUCAACAGUCAAGCUCUGCGUUGGGACGACUCGACUUGUGGCGGAGGUUUGAGAUGGCAGAUCUUCACCUUCAACAAUGGAUACGAUUACAAGAACACCAUCUCCAACGGCGCCUUCUUCAACAUCGCUGCUCGUCUUGCUGCUUACACUGGAAACCAAACCUACGUCGAGUGGGCCGAGAAGUCCUUCCAGUGGACUCAUGACAUUGGAUUGAUGAGCGAUGACUACUACUUCUACGACGGUAGCGAUGACAAGAUCAAUUGCACACAGCUCAACCAUAUUCAGUGGUCUUACAAUGCUGGUGUUCAUCUUCUCGGUGCCGCCACUAUGUGGAACGUUACCCAAGACGACAUCUGGAGAGAGCGCACCCUUGGCAUCUGGAAUGCAACCCACGUCUUCUUCACCGAUCAAGGCAACACAGGCGCUGGAGGACAGGUCAUGUUCGAGGUAGCUUGCGAACCUAACAACAACUGUAACAUCGACCAGCUUAGUUUCAAAGCCUACCUGUCCCGCUGGAUGGCCGCUUCUACCAAGGUCGCUCCUUGGCUCUAUGAUGAGAUCAAGCCUUACCUCAUGGCAUCCGCUGCAGCUGCAGCUCUGUCUUGCAGUGGUGGUGAUGACGGCACGACUUGCGGAACCAAGUGGUGGAACAAUGGAGUCUGGGACGGCGCCUACGGUGUUGGACAACAGAUGUCCGCGCUCGAGGUCAUUCAGUCCAACCUCAUAGAUAGAGUUUCAGGGCCUGUGUCCAAUUCGACCGGCGGAACUUCUCAAGGCAACCCAAAUGCUGGCACUGGCGGCGAUUCGAGCCCUAUCGCCACACCCGAUCCUAUCCACACCAGCGACAGAGCCGGUGCUGGUAUUAUAACAGCACUUAUCCUUGUUGCUCUCGUUGGCGGUGCAUGGUGGAUGAUUGCAUGAUGGACGCCACAAAAGGCAUAAUACUACGUGCACGACGUGUAAAAUAAUGCGACAUGGGUUCGGGGUUAAUGGAGCAUCUGGGUCUGGGUCUGGACUAAUCAUGAGAGGGUUUCAGGGGUGUUUUUCAAUUGCGCCAGGAAGUGCGCUCACGUUUUCUUCUUUUCUAUUCCACCACAUCAAGCUGACCAUCUUGAAUCUUCUUCCGUU